CGCGGUCCUCUGCUCCCGCCGGGCGUGCAGCGGGCGCGCGCGCGUGUGUUUGUGUGUGUAUGUGUGUGUGUGUGUGUGUGUCUGUGUGUGUGUGAGAUGAAUUGGAGUCAUACGACUGGGUGUUUCCUUCCGAGUGGUUUUGAUCAGCAAUCCAUUAGGAAAUCAUGGAAACUUUUUUUUCUGGCUAAAAGGAUGAAAACUGAGUAAGUACAUAGAACUUUGAACUUGAGACGGAAUGAAACAAAUUCAAGCAAAAACCCUGACAGUAACCAUGUCCAUUCAAACUGCGUAUGCCCUUUUUAUGUUAAAAGCCGUGAAUACUUACAGGACAGUGGGAAUUUAAAACUAAAUGAAGGGAAGCAUACAAAAGGCUGAAAGCAAGACUGCUUUAAAACCGGAGGAAAAUUGAGGAACUGCUAAGGCAACCUGGCCUGAGUUCAGCUGUGCGACAGACACUUUGGGUUUUAAUCUUUUGCGUUCUUCAAUGCUGUUUUCAGACUCCAGAUUUACUUUGGUGUUGUUUUCUCUCUUCCUGCAAAGCUGAGGCAGAGUCGGACUCCUUUACUGUGAGUUUAAAGAUGUGAAAAUAAGGCAUUACUGGAAGCAACAGUUUGGCAGCCUGGGAUACACUCAGGUUAUUCGUUACAACUAUUAUUAUUUGAUGUCUUUUUUUAAACUCAGGUCAUCCACUUUUGACUGUCAUCCAUGGAAGAGCUCUUAUUAAAUGCCUCAGACUUUCGGGACCUAUGAUUCUUUGGCACAACCCUUUGGAAAAUUCUUGAGCAGGGAUGAAGCAAACUUGAUUGGAGUUGUGGAAAAAGAAGACAGAUUAGUAUUUUUUAUGCUGACAAAAAAAUAGCUGCUAUGACUUUUCCCGCAACGUGGACAGGGGCCAAGUGAAGCUGAACUGGUCAUGGUCUGUCGUCCAGUGUUCCCUUGUCGUCGGCGAUUUUGCCCCCGACCCUUCUUGGUGGGCUUGGUGGUGGCAAUCUGUCUCUUCUACCAGACUCUGACCCUCCGAGGGACUCGGAAGCUCACAGCCGCUGCCCCUGGGGCUGUCCCACACACAUCCACUGAAUCUCAGGCAAGCAGAUGCAAGAAAGGAUCCUCUCAGGACACACAGUGCUUCCUUCUCUCUGGUAAUGCCCAGGAAACCAGAAAGGUCGAAGAAUCAAUGGAGACACACUUUGGCAGCCAUGGCCGAAGGGCCAUACUCUACAGGCCUCCUUUCUACAGCAAAACAGAGCUUCGGCUACACCAGCGCAUUCUGACUCAACAUGGCUAUACCGUUGUGAUCGCUGAAGAAAGGCACAAUGCUGGCCUUGGACUGGCGCUACUAGAACAAGGUGAUCUGGGCUCUUGGGAUCUGCUCAUUUGCCUGUCUUCUAAGAAAGCAAAAGGAAAACCCUGCAUAUCCAAGGAGGUCAUGUGCCAGUUAGGUUUACAUCAAAAGGCAAACAUAUUACCAGAAAUACAGCAGCCACUUUGCAGAAAGGAAGGAUUAUGUCAAAUAGUUAGAAGAUUCCCAGAAUUGCAACUUCCAGUGAGUCCCUCUGUGUGUCUGGAUCAGGGAAUACAAUUAAAGCCGAAUACUUCGAGUCACCUUUUAAAAACAGUGAAGCCACGUAUGUGGAAACCAGAGGACUGGAGACAUGAACAGCUGAAUGAAACGACAGUCCUUGCUCCACAUGAAACAAUCUUUCGAGCCGAAGAUCUAUCUGUGAUUCUUAAAGCGUACGUGUUGGUGACAUCCUUAACCCCUUUGCGUGCAUUCAUUCAUUCAACUGGCACAGUUUGGAAUCCACCAAAGAAAAAACGCUUCACUGUCAAGCUGCAAACAUUUUUUGAGACAUUCCUGAGAGCCAGUUCACCUCAUCAGGCUUUUGAUAUUAUGAAGGAAGCAAUUGGCAAACUCCUGCUAGCGGCUGAAGUAUUCAGUGAAACAUCUACGUUGGGACCAAAGACUUUCCAUAGAUGCAGAUUCUGCUUUCAACUUCUAACUUUUGAUAUUGGUUAUGGCAGUUUCAUGCACCCUGUAGUGCUACAGGUACACGAGCAUUUACAUUUUCAAGAUAAUGAUAAUAUGGACUUUGAGGACCAAAAUACAGAAGAAUUCCUUUUAAAUGAUACUUUCAAUUUUCUCUUCCCUAAUGAAUCAUCACUUUCCAUAUUUUCUGAGAUAUUUCAGAGACUUUAUAGAUCAGAUAUAUUGAAGGGUGAAAACUAUCAAAAGGAACUAAAUCAGUGUCUAUCCUUAGAAGAAAUUAACUCAAUUAUGACUUUCAUAAAGGAACUUGGAAGUCUGGGACAAUUCCAACUGCUCUUCCCAUCUACUACUCCUGGGAUUCAGUCACUGAUGCGUGAAUUUUAUGAUAUGGCAAAUCCUGUGGGAAAUCCUGGCUCAGUCGCGACCCAAUACUGGUCUCUUUUAAAUGUAUUUGAACAAUUUCAGUUCAUGAAUAAAAAGACACAGCCACAUCCACUGGAAUGGGAUUCUUUCACAGAGGAUAAGAACAUUGAAAAACCACAAGUACGAUUUGAUGCAAUAGAAAAUAAAAAAGCUGCAGUUCCACAAAUUAAGAAUGAAAAUAAAGAAAUACAUUGCAGUGAUGAUAAAAACACACCAUGUCAUAUCAAGCAGAUCUUCACACAUCCGCGUUUGGAACUAAAUCCCGACUUUAAUCCAAAGAUCAAAGAUUAUUACUCUGAAGUCCCAUUUGAUGUGGUAACAGUGACAAUUGGAGUGGAGACUCCUAAGUGUCAGUGCAAGGUGCACCUGUACGAGCAGGCAGGGCCAAGGUUUGCCAGCUACCCUCUGGGCUUAGGAAUGAACAAAAUCUCAAUAUUUGUGGUGGAUGAAUCUCCAGCACAUGGUGAGACCCUGAUCACGUACAAACUCACCAUCUAUAGAGAAGACCGCCCAAGUCUGCCCUUGUUUGAGGCCUUCACAGCAUGUGGUUUUGUGCAGGAUUGUGGUUUGCUGAUUCAUCCAGAGGAAACCUGUGGGUUACAGCCUAUUUCUUCUGACUACAUUGAAGCCAUUUUACAGUCUGAACUAAAAAGAUGUCCAUCUGGGGACAUGAAAGGCCAGUGGAUCGUGCCUUGCCUUAGUUGUUCAGACAACAGGACGUGUGACUGGAGAGAAAUAACCUGGCAGCCCCACAACUGCCAAUAUGGUGUCCUAACUAAGCCUCAACUCCAGCAGUGCCUGGGAGGAAGGAAGAUUCUGUUCAUUGGAGAUUCAACCAACAGAGGGAUCAUGUACUAUCUUAUCGAAAGGCUGAAUGAAACGUUGCAGGAAUGGCAGAAAGUACAUGGCACUAAAUUCUAUCACAACGUCAACGGUGGGAAGACUUUGAUCAGUUAUUCCUACUAUCCCCAGUUCUGGAUAAGCCCUUCACUGAGACCAACAUUCGAAAAUGCACUUGAACACCUGUUGCAAAGAUCACGCCCCCUAGAGAAUACUGUCCAGACUGUAUUGGUUGUUGGUGGAGUUCAGUGGCUUAAUUCCAAUCACCUGCAAAUUAUUCACAAAGUUUUGAAGAGGGAAAAUUUACUCAAUAUCCUAGUGAUCAUCAAAACUUUGGGAAUUGGAUUUCAUCUGCCAGUGGAUGGAGUACAUUUCUUAACACAGAGUGAAGUACAGAACUUAUGGAAAGAAAAUUUGAUUAUUCUGGAUACUGCAAAAAAAUAUGGCUAUGAAGUCGUUGACACAUUCACUAUAACAAUGGGGCGUUACAAAGAGUUUCUGCAGGGAAAGUGUGGAUGUCAUUUCCAUGAGGUAGUGAAAUCAAAGUUAUCCAAAGAAUAUAACUUUAUUAAAAUGAAAAGAUCAAGAAAUCAUAUCCUGGGAAGAUAUUUCAGCAAUCAAAGCAAACUACAACAGAGCACUGUAACAAAUUUUCGAUCUCCAUAUCAUGUCAGAGGUCCAAUAAAUCAGGUUUGUUCUGAAAUCCUUCUCAGCAGGAUGUGUGUAAAUAAAAGGACUAUGUAGGCGCCCUGCAGGAGAGCUGAAUCUGGAGCUGGAGACAAGCUACUCACCCGGACAAUGUUCUAGGAGCCAAGAGCUGCGCAUCACACACAUUUGAGAUUGACCACACACACUUGUGCACACCAGCACAUGCAUGCACACCAGUACACACACAGUUAAAUCAUGAUAACACUUCUUCUUACAGCUUUAUGAAUUCAAGAUGUGACCUUGAACACGAGUCCAUUUCACAGUGAAAGAUACACCUAGAAAAACGUUACUUGAAGCAUAGUUAUUAACCAGAACCACUGUGGGCCAGGUAUGGCAUUGUGAUAAUAAAGAGAAAUACAGACACUUGAAUUAUGUGAAAAAAGAUAAUGGUCUUUCGUCUUGUCUUACCAUCUCUAUAGGUACAUCAAUAUUGAAAAGGAGAAAAGCCAAUUACAUUCCACUGGCAAGUAGAGGUUGUGCUUGCAUUCUUCACCAGGAGAAAAUGUGGUGUUUAUGAUGGCUUAGACUUUGUGAAUCUAAUGCUUAUGAAAAACAGUUCUUCCUAUACUUUUUAAAUUGUAUUACUGAAAGGAAAAAACAGGAAUGUUCCACAAGGGAAUUUGAAGAGAUUCUAUGAGAGAGAUAUAAAGUGAAAUAUUUUAUCGUUAAAACACCAAUAUAUUUAACUUUGCACUUCUUGUGUUUCUCAUAAACAUUCCCUCUUGUCCUAUCUGUGCACUUGGAUGGGUAACUGCAGUCUGAAUUAAUGAAAUACAUAAUUUUAAAGUAAGCAACAAAAUUUAGUGCCUCCUGUAUUACUUCACUAUGUUUCAUUGAUGAUAUUAUUUAAAUCUUGUGUUUGCCAUUACAGCCCUAUGUAACUGAAAAUUACAAUUACAUUUUAUGUAAAUAUUUUGCAAAGGAUUAUGCAUUCUCAAAUGCAUAGGUAUUUUUUCCCAUUGAGCAUUUGCAUAUGUCCACAAAUAGUAUUAUGUUACUAGUAUCUAUAUUUUGAUUUUCCUGGGCAACUAUGUCAAAUCCAAAUUUAGAGUAGACAUAAAAUUAUUAUUUUUAUUAAAACUGUGGCAUACAUAUAAUACAUACCUAAUUCUAGUAGUGAGAACUAUCUCUUCUAUCUCUUUAGGUUCAAAAUGGUGAAUUUCUUUAUUAUACAAAUGCUUUGUUGUGAGAUAACAUCACACAGUUACAAUGGAUUUUAAAGGUUUGUCUUUUUUGGGUGGGGUGGGAAGCUGAGAGGGUUAAUUCAAUACAUGGCUGAAAUUACCAAAUAUAUAAAUACCUCAAUUUCACUACCAUACAAGAAAAAAACACCUAUUCUGAUUGAUCAGUUCUUUUGUAUGAAUAUCCACUUCCUUUAAAUACUCUAUUUUUAUAUAUAUUUUUAUAUGAAGAUAAACACGAAUUUAUAUUUAACUGUCUUAAAUUAUAUUUACAUAAAUGCAAAUAUCGUUUGAUAUAAACAAUACAAAUCUGCAUCUGGCAGAUGAUAAUUUUUUUAGAAGAAUGAUACGGUAUUAACUUUAAAAAUAAGACUUUUCUAAUAUACGCUUAAAUGCAAACAUCAUUUUUAGAUUUUCAGUGAUUUUUUUUAAUGACAUAAAACGUUGCCUGCGUGUGUAGACUCUCUCUCCAUCAUGUUUUAACAUAUUGUGUACUCUGUAGCAGUUUUACAGUCAGUAUUUCUUAUAAUUUUAUUUUGACCUAUCCGUAAUCAUCUGACUGAGGUUACUCUGGUAUUUGCCUCUUCACUGCUGAAAUAAUAAUGGAUUUUAGAAACAAUUGUAAUAAUAUUGCUAAUAAAUGUCUUACGAGUAAUAGUCUGUGUUUGUAGAGUAUCUUUUAUUUUCUUUUUUACUGAAGAUGUACAACUAUGCAAACAGUGACCACUUGGCAGGGAUAUUUUCAUGUGGAUUCAAGUAUUAUAGCGUGGUUAAACAGGAUUAACUAGAUAGUCCCUUCUAAGCCUAAUAUUCUCUAAGUUUAUGAUCAGAUGAACUUCCCACUGUGCAAUGACCAAAAUGUAUGAAGAUAAUGUAUUGUAGUGACAAGCUUUUUAAAAAUAAUAAUAAUAAUAGCAAUAAUAAGACACUUAAAUGCCAAGAAUCAUUUUAAUUGCUCCUUAACUGAAACUGCAUUUUAUUUCACCUAGGUGUAUGUGUAUGUGUGUGCACAUGUGUUUGUACGUAUUUAGCAAGUUCCUAAUUUCAAGGGGAAAAAAGUGGGAGUAGGCAUUUUAACGUAUUUUUAGGUGUAAAAGUUACAGGAAAUGUAUUAUUUUGGUAAGAAUUUAUUAGAAUCCAAUCCAAACUAAACUAAAGAAAACAUUUAUAACAUUAAAAGUCAAGAAUAACUGCAUAAACA